AUGACAAGCAACAUAGCCCUAUGGAACACUCUUCAGCUGCGCGACCUUUCUGACCUGCAUGUGCUGGCGAUUUCGCAAGCUUCAUUGACGUCUGUUGAAGCUGUGUAUGAACUCCAUCCCUUGGCGCUCACGGAUGGUGUCAUUGAGGAUGCCUUCAGCUGUGGAGCAAACCUUGAGGUUUUGCAAUUUCUUGUCAAAAAGAAAGAACUCAGUGAAGCUCGGAUCUGCGAAUUGGUGGCAAAGAGAUUCCUGGAUGCCAUACCUUUGCUGCAGUCCAGCCGUGAGAUUGCAGCCGAGGCUGUUGUGAACCUUACGGACCUUGUGCACACAUUUCCAGAGGGACUGGUGAACUCAGAUGGAAACUAUGCGUUUUGUGCACUGAGCAUUGUACUACUUUCUACAGUUUUCCCUCAGAAUCUGCUGGAUUCAAUCAUUCGAAACAUGCCAAAAGAAGAUAGAGCUUUUGAUUUGAGGAGCAACAAGGAUUUGCCCACAGAUGCUACUUUUUGCCAGCAAAUGAAGACAACUCUGGAUGAUGACCGCUCCAUGAGAGCAAUCGGAAGGAUUCUUGAGAAACUUGGCUGUUUUUUCAUGUGUCGCACUGAGCUGUCCAGAUCAGAGUUUACGAAGCUGCUCGCUAUGCUGUUCCGAGCCAACAACAUCACCACCAAGGUGCACAUCAUUGCUGGUGCAAUUCAGGAAGCUGCGAGCAAUGGGUCAGUAGAGGAAAUACUUGGCCCACUAAGAAAAGCCUUGGAAGAAAGGGAAUCUGAGGCCCUUCAAGUGGAUUGUGGCACUGCAGAAGCUGGGCUGUUGUUGCCAUUACUUGAUGCUGCCAACCACUCUGAUACUUUGACUGAGCUGAGACUGCAGAACUUGGAGAAUCAAGCAGAAGUUGAAAUCUACCAGGACAAAAUGCUAGAGCUACUUGGUCUCAACACUCAAUUGGAGGUGGCUUUGAUCUGUGUGGAUCUUACAUUACCUCUAUUUUUUGCAAACAAGAAACAGGCAAUGGAGGAUCAUAUCAACGAAGAAUCUUUCCUGAAUGGUGAAGAAGUCAACAGCAAACAGAGACUCGUUGACUACAAAACACUCUUGAAUACUUGUGGCCGAGGCAACGCUGGAGCAGAAGGCACCAGACUCGGGCACCUGGUUGAUUUGAUCUCUCCUGAGACCAUCUGGAAGAAACUAGACCACCUCAAUUUUCCUGGUGGGUCCAAACAGGAGCUAAUCACAAUUCUCCAACAUGGGCUACUCUGCGAACAGCCGGUGGUAUGGUCGUCAAAAGAAGCACAGCCAGCUGCAAACAGCGGUCAGAGCCGGCAGAAGCACCCUCGGGAACGCCGGGAUUCACGAAAGCGGAAGGCUACGGAGCCUCUGCACGAGUUGUCUUCAUAA